UCCCUCCCUCCCUCCCCGCGGAUCGAAGAUGGCGGCUGUUGACUUGAACUUCUUCCCGGGGACACGAAUCUGGCUCAUGCAGCAUUUGUUCAGAGAAUCGAGUCCAGAAACAUCGAUAGACUAAUUAAGAGCUGGUUUCCAGUAUGACAGUAUUGGUUCUGGAGGCUUACUUCCUGUCUCCAGUUUACAUCCUUUCUCACGGAAUCACGGAAUGAUCACCGAACAGAAGGAGGCCAUUUUAUACAUCACUAAUCAAAGGGAGGAUUCACAGUCAGAAAAUUCAAGCCAAAUAUCCUAUCACGAUCUGACGGAGCUAUCCAAUUUAUUAUCACCUAAAUACCAUCAGAUUUUGAGUAUGGAAGGAGAAAGCACCGUUCACCCAGGGGAGAAACUGUGCACGUGUUGUGUGUGUGGACAAGACUUCAGUCAACCAUCUGACUUCACAAACCACAAAUGCAGUCACACUGGGAAGAAACCAUGGAAGUGUGGGGAUUGUGAUAAAGGGUUCAGGUCCCCGUCGGAGCUGGAAAUUCACCAAUACAGUCACACGGGGGAGAGGCCAUUCACCUGCUCCAAGUGUGGGAAGGGAUUCACACAGUCAUCAACCCUGAUGUCUCACCAUCGUGUUCACACUGAGGAGAGACCUUUUAAAUGUCCAGACUGUGGCAAGUGCUUUAAAAGUUCAAGCAAUCUGAUGUCCCACCAACGUGUUCACACUGACGAGAGACCUUUUAAAUGCCCAGACUGCGAGAAGUGUUAUAAAAGUUCCAGGGAACUGCUGUCCCAUCAACAUACUCACACUGACGAGAGACCGUUUAAAUGCCCAGACUGUGGGAAGAGCUAUAAAAGCUUUGGGGAACAGAUGCUCCAUCAGCGUGUUCACACUGGAGAGAGACCUUUCAAAUGUCCAGACUGUGGGAAGGGAUAUAGAAGUUCCAGCAAUCUAAUGUCCCAUCGACGUGUUCAUACUGACGAGAGACCUUUCAAAUGCCCAGACUGUGGGAAGGGAUAUAAAGGUUCCAGUGAACUGAUAUCCCAUCGGCGUGUUCACUCUGAUGAGAGACCUUUUAAAUGCACAAACUGUGGGAAGUGCUUUAAAAGUUCUGGGGCACUCAUGAACCAUCAACGUGUUCACACCGACAACAGACCUUUUAAAUGUCCAGAAUGUGGAAACUGCUUUAAACGUUCAGGGGAACUAAUACGCCAUCAACGUAUUCACACUGAGGAGAGACCUUUUAAGUGCCCAGACUGUGGAAAGUGCUAUAAAAGUUCAGGGGAACUAAUAUCUCACCAACGAGUUCACACUGAUGAAAGACCUUUCAAAUGUUCAAACUGUGGGAAAUGUUAUAAAAGUUCAGGGGAUCUGAUGUCCCACCAACGUGUUCACACUGAUGAGAAACCUUUUAAAUGCUCAGCCUGUGGGAAGUGCUUUAAAAGUUCCAGUAAACUGAUUUCACAUCAACGCAUUCACACUGACGAGAAACCUUUCAGAUGUUCCCAAUGUGAGAGUAGGUUCAAGUCAUCAUCCGAGCUCACUGUCCACCAGCGAACCCACACUGGGGAGAGACCGUUCUCCUGCACAGAGUGUGGGAGGAAGUUCACCCAGUCAUUCAACCUGCUGACACACCAGAGAGUUCACACUGGAGAAAGGCCUUUCAGCUGCUCCAAGUGUGGGAAGAGAUUCACUCAAGUCUCCCGACUGGAAACUCAUCAGCGCAGUCACACUGGGGACAGGCCAUUCACCUGCUCUGAUUGUGGGAAGAGGUUCGCACAGUCUUCCGACCUUCUGACGCACCAGCGAGUUCACACUGGAGAGAGACCCUUCACUUGCUCCAUCUGUGGGAAAGGAUUCACUCAGUCAUCCAACCUGCUCACACACCAGCGAGUUCACACCGGAGAGAGACCAUUCACUUGCUCUCUAUGUGGUAAGGGAUUCACUUCGUCAUCCACUCUCCGGAUGCAUCAGCAAGUUCACACCGGGGAGAAACUGUUCAGCUGUUCACUGUGUGGAAAGAGAUUCACUCAGUCAUCCUCCCUGCGGAGACAUCAGCGAGUUCACACCGGUGAGAAACCAUUCACUUGCUCCAUGUGUGGGACAGUAUUCACUCUCACAACUGACUUGCUGAGACACCAGCGAGUUCACACCGGAGAGAAACCAUUCACCUGCUCUGUGUGUGGCAAGGGAUUCAGUCAGGCAUCCAACCUGGUAACACACCAGCGCGUUCACACUGGAGAGAGACCAUUCACUUGCUCUGAUUGUGGGAAAGCAUUCACUCAGUCAUCCAACCUGCUGAGACACCAGCGAAUUCACAAAUAACCACAAGUUGAAGGUUUACUUUUCUCUUAUUCACACCAAGGACUGAACAUUGGUCUUUGGCAGUUAAAACAUUAAUAAAAUUGUAUAUCUGGAGGACUUGGUUUUGUAAACGAUCACAUCAUCAUUGUAAAUGCACACACUCACACUGCGUUGAGAUUUUACAUCAGAUCUGAAAUAACAAAUGAACCUGUUGAAGAAAUUCAGCAGGUCUGGAAGCCUCUGUGUAACAUAUUCUGAAAACGAAUCAUUGGAAUUGAAACAUUAGCUGUUUCUCCACGGUGCUGCCAGACCUGCUGAGUUUGUCCAGUACUUUGUUUUUAGAAACACCUCGCAAGACCCUUGCUUGUUGAUGCCAUAAAAAGUGAGGGUCAAUCGAAUCCUCCUGUACUCAAUGGGGAUUGACUUUAGCAAAGAGUUAAAACCCUUGGGAUUUCUGUGUUACAACAAGAACGUGUUUAAUACAGAUUUACG